AGUAAUAUAAAGAAAAAAUUGUAAGUGACCCCUACCCCUACCAUUGUUUUAUUAUAUGGUAAAACAGUAGAUCCAUGAAAGAAACUACACCUUUACUUACUUUAUGGGGGGCAUGCAUGUCCAUGUGACUAGUGUCAAUGUAUCAGAUAACCAUUGAGUGGUUUAUUAUAGAAACAGUUAAAAUCUUGUUUCUUCUGAUGCAUGUUUUUUGGAAUCCUUGACUUUGUGUUUAGUUCUUGAGACUUUCUUGAGUAAUAUGCAGUCAAAACUUGAGAUCUUGAAUAUGGUGUUUGAGCACAUUCUGUAAAUGCAUAGCUUUGAGAAUGAGAUCAUUUCAGAAACUAGCGUGUUUACAAUGGUCUACUCACUCAGCACCAGUGACAAGAAAACAUUAAAAAGGUGGUUUUUUAUUGACAAAAGGGUCGGGUAAAAAGAGUGAUAUAUUCACAGUUUUUUCAUAUCAAACCCUCGAACUUUCUAUCAUAAAUCUCAAAAAUUAUUGUCUUGUGAGAUCAUAAAAUGGAUUUAAGCUCAGUAAAUGCUUCUCCUGUUCUUGCCGAUCCUCUACUCCCUAUGAAUCAGACUAGAUUAGGAUUCCAUUCCAGUGUUUUCCCGCUUUUAAUUCCAAAGAAAAAGCCUGGGAAAGUUGAUGAUGUUCGAUCCAACGGUUGGCUUGAUGCCAUGCGAUCAUCUUCACCUCCUUGUAAAAGGAUGGUGAAGGAUGUUGAAGAUGAGCUUGCUUCUGAUGAGAAUGAUCUUAUCUAUUAUUCUUGGAAGCUCAAGUAUCCAUCGGCUCUCAAAUCUUUUGAUCAUAUUAUAAAUCGUGCAAAUAACAAAAAGAUAGUAAUCUUCUUAGAUUAUGAUGGGACACUCUCACCAAUUGUAGAUGAUCCCAAUCGUGCUUUUAUGUCAAUCGAUAUGCGUGCUGCUUUAAAGGGCAUUGCAAAGUACUUUCCAACAGCGAUUAUUAGCGGAAGAAGCCGAAAUAAGGUUUAUGAGUUAGUAGGACUAACAGAACUCUUUUAUGCUGGUAGUCAUGGUAUGGACAUCAUGUUCCCAAUGUCUAUCAACCAUACAAACUAUAUUCGAUCUACUGACAAACAGGAUAAGGAAGUAAAUUUAUUCCAGCCUGCUAGAGAGUUUAUACCAAUGAUCAAUGAGGUUUUUAGGAUCCUUGUUAACGUGACAAACGAUAUCCGAGGGGCAUUUGUGGAAAAUCACAAAUUUUGUACUUCUGUACAUUACCGUAAUGUAGAUGAGAAGAGUUGGGCGAUGAUUGCACAACGUGUGCAUGAUGUCUUGAAAGAUUAUCCUCGUUUGAGAUUAACUCAUGGUCGGAAGGUUUUAGAGGUCCGUCCCAUUAUUGAUUGGGACAAAGGGAAAGCAGUCGAGUUUCUACUUCAAUCACUUGGGCUAAGCAAUAGUGACGAAGUGCUUGCAAUUUAUAUUGGAGACGAUAGAACAGAUGAAGAUGCGUUUAAGGUUUUAAGAGAAGGAAAACGUGGUUACGGGAUUUUGGUAUCUUCGGUACCCAAAGAAAGCAAAGCUUUUUUGUCACUUCGUGACACUUUGGAAGUCAAAGACUUCCUUAAAUCGCUAGUAUCAUGGAAGGAACAAAACUAUGGUAAUGAUAAAUGAUCAAACGAGGUUUUCAAUUUUGAAGUUGAAAUAGUUUGAUAAAAAUAAAAAGAUAUUUUAUUUGAUUAUUGGUUCAUAUUUUAUAUGGUAUUGAUUGUUUUGUAUGUAUCCUAAUAGAAAUUUUCACUUAUUUUGAGUUUGUAAAUUAUGGUAUUUAUAAUUUUCUUCUUUCCACGUGUCCAUCA